CGUGGGUGCUUCCUGCCACCAAACAUGACAGGGGAGGGUUCCGACCGGAACGCAGCCAGAAUCGGGUUGGGUUCCCUUCGAACAUACUUUCAGAUCUUGACAGGUUGACGUACUCGUUCGCUGAUCCCUCAUGAGAACGCUCCGCUCAAUAUCCCAUACAAGUGUCAGGGGUCCUGCAUCAUGUCGACUGGUUGGGCAAUUUUCCGAUGUGAAAAGGAACUCGGUGGAAUUGCCGGAGGGUCUCCGUUGAGAGUGGCCCUAUAUAAAAUCUCACGAUGGUAUCGACUUUGAACCGUUAUAUAUUAUCUACGUGGUACGGAGUGCAUCGGUUCCAUUUCUAGGUAGAACAACACGAGAAGAAUGCGUUCUAGUCUCACCUUCGGGGCUCUUGCCUCCAUUUCACUUGUUCAGGGCUUCACUCACCCCGGCCUUCUCCAUACCAACGAGGACUUUGACCGCAUCAAGUCCAAGGUCCAGGCUAGCGCCGAGCCCUGGAUCACCGGCUGGUACAAGCUGACCAACAACUCCUACGCAUCCCCCUCCUACACCAACACGGCACAGGAGGUCAUCUAUCGCGGCGACGACGGCACUCAUUCUCAGAACUACCCCAACCUGUACCGCGACAUCGCAGCCGCUUACGCCCUCGCCAUACAAUGGAAGAUCACCGACAACACCACCUACGCGGACUCCGCCGUCGCCAUCCUCGAUGCUUGGGGUACGACCCUGACCGAGAUCUCUGGCAACUCGGACAAGUUCCUGGCUUCAGGAAUCUACGGCUACGAGCUAGCGAACGCAGCCGAGUUGAUGCGCGACUAUGACGGCUGGUCGACCGAGAGCUUCAACACUCUGCGCGACAUGAUGGUGAACGUGUUCUAUCCGAUGAACCGGGACUUCUUUAUCCGGCACAAUGAUGCCGAGAUCGAUCACUACUGGGCGAACUGGGAUCUUUGCAACAUCGCCUCUAUGUUAUCCAUCGGCAUCCUGUCUGACAAUGAGACCAUGUACCAGGAGGCAGUGGAUUAUUUUAAGAACGGCGAGGGGAACGGCCAGAUCGAAAAGAUGGUCUGGAAGCUGUACGAUGUCGAUGGACAGACUCUAGGCCAGGGGCAGGAGGCCGGCCGUGAUCAGGGACACUCGAUGCUAGACUUUGCCCUGCUGGGUCCGAUUGCCCAGUCGGCGUAUAACCAGGGUGAUGAUCUGUUUGAGUAUCUGGAUAACCGGAUUCUAGCUGGUGCCGAGUAUGUCGCCAAGUACAACCUUGGCGAAGAUGUUCCCUACACCACAUACGUCAACAGCGAUGUCACGCAGGAUAUCAUCAGUGAAGCUGGACGUGGUGAUAUACGCCCUCUCUGGGAGCUGCUGUACAACCAUUACGGCGUGUUGAAAGGACUGGACGUGACGUGGACGAAGAAGUAUCGCGAUCUGGUGGUCGAGGAUGGCGACGGAGCUGAAGGAGGUGGCGGUGACUAUGGAAGCACCAGCGGGGGAUUCGAUCAAUUGGGCCAUGGAACGCUCUUAUACACGUUGGAGUAG